GCCGAGCCUUUUCCUCUCCGAUCGGCGUAAGUGAGGUGCGGUGUACUGCUGGCUUCUGGUGCCUAACGCUGUUCAGCUACAAGAACUCGCGCACAUAAUAGUAAAAAAAUAUUAGCGCAAUGGCAGCAACUUUUCGUCACAUCAGAUCACUUUGUCAGCUCAGCCACCUGCAGGUGUGCAGCCUGCACCUCUCCGCUGCCAGACAUGAAGCUGUUGUCAUCUCGGGAAGAAAACUGGCACGUCAGAUCCGACAGGAAGCCAAGAGUGAGGUGGAGCAGUGGGUUAGUUCUGGCAACCGGCGUCCACACCUAAGUGUCAUCCUCGUAGGGGACAAUCCGGCAAGUCACUCCUACGUGCUGAACAAAACCAAAGCAGCCGCCGAUGUAGGAAUUAGUAGCGAAACCAUUCUGAAACCUUCCACCUGCUGUGAGGAAGAACUUAUGGAGCUCAUCCACAAGCUAAACAAUGACUGUAACGUAGACGGCCUGUUGGUGCAGCUCCCUCUUCCAGAGCACAUUGAUGAGCGCAAAGUAUGCAAUGCUGUUACACCAGGGAAGGAUGUGGAUGGCUUUCAUGUAGUCAACGUUGGAAAAAUGUGCCUCGAUCAGACCACCAUGUUGCCUGCCACGCCGUGGGGGGUAUGGGAGAUCAUCAAACGCACAGGGAUCCCAACUUUAGAGAAUGUGGUUGUUGCUGGUCGCUCUAAGAACGUCGGUAUGCCAAUCGCCAUGUUGCUUCACACUGAUGGACGUCAUGAAAGACCAGGAGGGGAUGCUACAGUAACAAUUUCCCACCGGUACACUCCAAAGGAACAGCUGAGACAGCACACAAAAAUUGCAGACAUCGUUGUGGCAGCAGCAGGAAUCCCAAACCUGAUCACUGCAGAUAUGAUUAAAGAGGGUGCAGCUGUGAUUGAUGUUGGGAUUAACAGGGUACAGGACCCAGUCACUGGGAAGCCUAAACUCGUAGGGGAUGUUGACUUUGAAGGUGUGAAGCAGAAGGCAAGUUACAUCACACCAGUCCCUGGAGGAGUGGGGCCCAUGACUGUGGCCAUGCUGAUGAAGAACACCAUCAUUGCUGCUAAAAAACUGCUCCCAAAAUCGGCAGCCCUCCAUCCUGUCACAUCUUAACAAGACUUUGCUUGAUACAAAAGCCUGAACAUUCCAAAAUAAAUCACUCCUCCAGAGAAAUGCCAAAGGCCGAUAUUUGCAAUAACUUAUUUAAAUAUUUUAAUUUUUUUUUUUUACUUUAAUUUUUUUUGGCAAGAUCAUAUUUAUAUUUGGAGGUUUAGAGGCUACAUUAGCAUUUGUAGUCCUGAGUUACUGGACUGGCAUGGUGCUCAGCACCACCUUGUCCUGCUGCUCCAUAAUGUGGCCUUUCUGCGAGAUAAUAAUUUGCGCAGAAGGCAAGAGGUGCUACAUACUCGACAGACCGAACGGAGGUAGCUGUAUGUAUGUUGGGAGGAGGGGGCUUAAAUGAUUCAGCAUUUUCUGCCACUGCUUCUCUCUGCCCUGUCAUCUUGCUUAGGGGUACAUGAGUUCUUAGAGAAUGUCUGCCUGGGUUUGCUUUCAGCUUAAUGCCCUUUGCAAAAAAAAAAAAAAUCUUCACACUAAUAUUUAUUUGCUGUUACAGUGGCAGCUAAAUUUUUCCACUCAUGAAAAGAAUUAAUUCCCACAUGAUGGUAAUGUUUGGAAAAAGAAGUGAGUCUAGUCGGGAAAUGAGUGCUGCAGAUUCAGAGGGAAAAAAAAUCACAUUUGUGUUGCUGUGAAUGUGAAGACAGCAGUAUGGGAGACACUAGAAAAUGGCAGGUCUCAGGAAUAACUUGAAUGGUGCAUUUGAGUAUUACAUGGAUCAGAGUUUUAUACUUUGUAAGAGAGCCUGUCCUUCAAUAAAUUUGAAUGGAACAAGAACAA